GUACGCAUGCGUGCCCGGUUGCGGUUGGCGCCAGAUCUGUGCUUGCGUUUAGGCCGGUGAGGGGCCUGGACAGGCGGUGCCGAGACAGCAGGGUUCGUCACCCCGGACCUUGGUGACUCCGGGCUAUCCGCUGGGAGAGGUAACGAGAGCUAGUGGCCACUUUCUGUACUCGAGCCCUGGUAGUCCGUGAGCGCUUGUGCAAAGCGCCCUGGGGUUGGCUGGGACCCCAGGGGACGGAGGGUCAUGAACCAGCAGAGUUCUACAGGACAUACCAUGCAGGAUAGCAUCAAAUUAGCCUCAUGUGGGGAUGAUAUUAAAAUCUGGGAUUCGGUUUCCAUGACAGUAGUGGAACAAUUUAACCCUCAUAAGAAGCCCUGUGAAGUAACUUCUGUUUGCUGGACUGCAGAUAAUCAGCAUUUGUUGAGUUCAUCCAGCACUGGGGACAAAAUAGUGUUAUCAUCCUGUACACCUACUCCCCUGUCUAUAAAAGAUUUUGCUGAUGGGAAAAAGCAGACGUGUAUAAGUCUGGGUUCCACUUGCAAGUAUUUUGUAAGUGGUGGCCUUGACAACACGGUUAAUAUCUGGGACGUAAAGUCGAGGAGAUGUCACAGAACGCUGAAGGACCACAGGGAGGCUGUGAAUUGCGUAUGCUUCAAUUGGAAUGACUGCUACAUAGCGUCUGGUUCCUGCAGAGGUGAUAUAAUUGUACACAGUAUUACAACAAAUAUUUCCAGUACACCUUUUGGCCAUGGCAAAACACAGCCAGUGCAAGACCUGAAGUAUUCCAUCUAUAAAAAGGCUUUGCUGGGAAGUGUCCAUGACAGUGGCACUGUAACUCUUUGGGACGUUAAUACACAACAGAGUCAUCAUACCUUUGAAAAUGCUCAUAAGGCACCAGCUUCUGGCUUGUGCUUUUCACCAGUAAAUGAUUUAUUGUUUGCCACAGUUGGUCUGGAUAAAAAAAUCAACUGCUAUGAUUCCUCUAGCAAAAUGAUAUUGCGCACUAUUUCUGUUGAGGCUCCUUUGACUGCAAUAGGCUUUAUGACUGAUGGAGCAACUUUGGCUGUUGGAUCCAUCAGGGGCAAAAUUUACAUCUAUGAUUUGCGAGUGACAACUUCACCAUUAAAGGUUGUCAGUGCCCACAAGAAAUCUGUGCGGUGCUUAAAGUUUCAGAAUGGUCCCACGCCAGUCAGGUCAAAUGGGAGUAAAAGCCUUGCAAACAGGACCUCGUCCGUGUUGUCAGCUGCAGCCACAAAGAAGGCUUCAACUAACAUAAACGCUGCAAAAGAGACUUCUGAUUUUGCUGGAUUGAUGACAACUGUAUCAGCUGUUAAAGUACCUCCAGUUAUUCCAGAAGAAAAAGGUGAUGAAGCUAAUCUAGAGGGAAAAGGUUUAUCACAUAGUACCAGUUUGGAUGUCAUUCCAUCCAAAGAGGUGGAAAAUUCAAAAAGAGCCGAUGACAGUGGCAAUUUCAAGAACCUUGAUUAUAUUGGCAGGAACAGUUUUGGAGAUAUGUUCUCACCAGUCAGAGAUGAUGUUUCAGGAUUAAAGGCAACUGAAGACUCUGUGACAAGAGGAAAUGUUUUAGGCGUUUCACCAGAGCUGAAUACCCUAUUUUCCACAAGAACUAAUCCAAUGGGUUCCUGUGCAAAGGAAGACUUGCACUCAAGUUCCCUGCAUGGCCUUUCACCUCUAUCCCCUGUGAAAGAACAGAAUCAGUGUCGUGAGAAGGCUUCCCUACUGGGCCAAAUCCAGAGUGGGAGGCAAUACCCGAAAGAGCCAACUGGACAGGGAACUGACAUGGGGAUCACAAAGUUAAAAUUAGAGCAAAAUGGUCAGACGGAAAACAAGAGGUUUGAUCAGUUAAACUCUUCCAUAACUGAGUCUGGAAUCUUGGAGUCGCCUCUAACAUCCUCCAUGGUGAAAACACCUGAACUAUGGGAAAGAAAAGGAAGAGAGUUUCAGUUUACCCAGGAAUCCAUUAAGCACAAUUCUCCUAUACCUGCUGUAAAAAUGACUCGUGCCCCAGGAAUUCCUAACGUGUCUGAAAAAAUUGUGGAUGCACUUGGAAAUGAAGGGACUGGACAGCAAUUAACAUCUGCUCAAGUUCAGUUAAUCAAGACUAUGAUACACGAAACCUUGGAAGAUUACAAAGAUGCGUGGCAUCGAGAUGUUGUGAACCUGCAGCUAGAGAUAAUAAAGCAAUUCCAAAUCCAACAGAAUGAAAUCCAUGCCUUAUUUGAAAGAUACUCAAUUAACGAAGCUCUGGUGGCAGAAAAUGAGAGGCUGCGAGAAGAAAACAAGAGACUACGAGCUACAUUUUAAUAGAAGAACAUUGAAUGCUGACUAAAACUAUUUCGCACUGAGAAAAAGCAAUAACUUCCUUAAGGCAAGCAGAGAUGGAGGCUGAUGUCAUCCUCUUGCUAUUUAAUAUGUAGAUGCUCCAUAAAGAAGACCAGUAAUCUGAGUAUUUGGCCCUUUUUGAUGUAAAAUGAGCCAGAAAUGUUUGUCUAAGUGGAUGGAAUAAAGGUAUUAAAGGUCCCUCAAGAGGCUAAAACAGUUGAAUUCUGAUGUGUUGCAACUAAUCUUCCAAGAAAUGUGCUACAAUCAGGACUUCUCCAUAAUAGAAUUGUACAAAAAAGGUGUAUUGAAAUUCAAAAUGAGCAUCAGAUUGAAGAUUUGAUUAAAUAUGUCCAGAUCCUAACACAGAUUUUACUCAAAGCAAAAGCAAUAAGUGAAUGAUUGUUUUAUAACUUGGCAUUUUCUACCUUCUGUUAUUUUGUACAAAUGAUUGGUUUGCCUACAAUGACCAUACUUGUUCAUAUUUUUAAGUCGUCGAUUGCUUGUUGUAGGUACCUUUAAUUUUUUUUACAUCAGCUACUUAAAGACAAUAGCUAGUAUUUUCUCUGUUUCUGGUGCAAGCAGUAUUUUAAAUAUUGGAGAAGUGAAUCUAAAUAUUUUAACAAGUUGCAUUAUUACUGAAAGGAUAGUCUGAAGUGCCUUUUUCAGAUUUGUGGAAUAGCCAGGUUACACAACCAAUAAGACAGUAAUUCUGACACUUUUGUUGACUGACCUGAUGUUCAGCAGUUGUGUAGAAUUGCCAUUGUUAAUAUUGAUCGACUUACACUAUUUUGUAAAGAAUUUCGUAUGGAUUCUGUUUUUGAAUUAACAAUUAAAUUGCAGUAUAUUUUUGAUGGAAAAUAUACUAUAUUAAAUGUGAUGUUGCAAUAAAUAUAUUGGUAAGCAUUUUGUGCUUAAUAUAG